AUGUGUGUAGUUCAUGCAGGGCACAAAUCCGAGGAAACUUCUCCGAUUUCAGUCUCUGAGUUUGGAGAUGAAAGUUUUGCUAUGGGUAGUUGGGAGCAGAAAGAAAUAAUAAGCCGUGAUGGACAAAUAACAGCCUUGGUUGCUGUCAUAGCUGAUUGGUUCCACUGCAAUCCUGAAGAUAUGCCCAUCAAGUCCCAACUUGAUUCUCUUAUCUAUAAGCAUUUUGACCUCGAGACAGUUCUCGAGGCUAAAGUGCGUCCACUCUCAGUAGUCUUAGAAAAAUCAUUCAUUGGGUUCUUUCAUCCCGAAGGAAUCGAAGAAGAGGAAGGAUUCCACUUCCUUCAUGGUUCCAUGUCUUUUGACAACAUAUGGGACGAGAUUUCUAAGUCCGCUCACGAAACUCCUCAUCAUGGCGACUCCUGUGUUAACAUUGUGAGUUGGAAUGACCACUUCUUUAUCCUCAAGUUUGAAAAAGACGCGUACUAUAUCAUUGACACACUUGGGGAGAGGCUUUUUAAGGGUUGUAAUCAGGCAUAUAUCCUCAAAUUCGACCAAGAUACAACAAUUAUGCAAGCACCUGAUAAAAUCGAUGUCAAAGAGGCUGCAGAUGAAAGCAAAAUUGUCAUGAGCACCAACAGCGACGACAGUAUGCAGGAAGACAGGGUACCUGAAAAGAACAUCAUUUAUAGAGGUAAAGAGGCAUGUAAAGAGUACAUUAAGAGUUUUUUGGCAGCAAUCCCUAUUAGGGAGUUACAAGUUGAUGUAAAGAAAGGAUUGAUGGCAUCGACACCCCUUCAUCAGCGCCUACAAAUCGAGUUCCACUACACAAUGAGCUUUGUUCCCAAGUUUGAGGAGUAA